AUGACGGUCGGCGGGCUAGGUAGAGCGGUCAGCUCUAUACAAUCGACGGCACAGGUAGCCGUGUCAUCCAGACACAAUAGUUUUCGUACCAACGUCUCAUGUUUCGUUCUAAAAACCAUCACCGAAGACAUGCCGAAUGUCCUGAUUGAUCGGACGAGCACGGCGACUCCACCGGGGAUGCAAUUAGCUGAUCCAAACUUUGCCAAAUCAAAGCAAAUUGACCUGCUGAUAGGCGCAGGACUCUUCUGGCAGCUCCUCUGUGUCGGACAGCAGAAAGCUGGGACAGGAGGCUUGAUUUGGCAAAAGACGAGAUUCGGUUGGGUUUUGGGAGGACAGUUAAACUCACUAGACGAUAGAACACGAAUUAGCACUUGUCACGUGAUAUCAAACGAACAACUAAAUAAUAGCCUAGCGCGAUUUUGGGAAUUAGAAACUGUAGCAUUAGACAAAGACAGACCGUUGACCGACGCGACGAACGACGCCGAACAACACUUUCGACGGACGACACGACGCGACGAUGACGGCCGAUAUUUAGUUAGCAUCCCAUUCACAAAUAACAUCGACCAGUUAGGGGAUUCGAGAGCUCAAGCUGAAACAAGGUUCGCAGCCAUUGAGCGGAAAUUAGCAAGGCAACCCGAGUUACGCCAAGAAUACGUCUCCUUCAUGCACGAGUAUGAACGGCUCGGACAUAUGACCCGACGUGACACCGCGACAACUAGCAAUACCCUUGGAUUCUACCUGUCGCAUCAUGCCGUUUUCAAGGCAUCUAGCACCACGACUAGAGUUAGAAUAGUUUUUGACGGAUCGGCAAAAACGUCAUCGGGCCUGUCACUAAAUGACGUACAGCUAGUAGGGCCGACCGUACAAGACGACCUAUUUUCCAUCAUAGUUCGAUUUAGAAAGCACAGAUUUGUAUUGUCUGCAGAUGUAGAGAAGAUGUAUCGCCAAGUGCUCGUCCGACCAGAGGAUCGGAAAUACCAACGUAUUCUUUGGCGUCCGUGUGUUGACGGUCCGAUCAACACGUACGAACUGAAUACGGUGACGUACGGCACAUCUUCGGCCCCAUUUUUAGCCACUCGCGUCUUACACCAGAUAGGUUUAGAAUGUGCAAAUCAAUCGCCUCUAGCAAGUCGUGCGAUAAUUCAUGAUUUUUACGUAGACGACUUGCUAACAGGAUGCGAGACAGCAAAGGAAACACAGGCAUUAAAGGAACAGCUCACACAAGUAUUAGGGCAAGCAGGGCUUCAGUUACGAAAGUGGGCAUCAAACAAGCCCGAAAUCUUGCGUAACCGAAGUACCACAGAGAAGGAAAUCAAAUCACCCGAAAGGGAUCCAAAAACAUUGGGUUUGAUAUGGCUCUCUGGUCCAGACGAGCUUCGGUUCUCGGUCAGAGAGCCAAUUUUGAAUCGCAUCACUAAACGCACCAUACUUUCGGAAAUCGCUCAGGUGUUCGAUCCACUCGGCUUAAUCGGUCCCGUAAUUACAAAGGCCAAGAUUUUGAUGCAAAGCUUGUGGCAGCUGCAGUUAGGUUGGGAUGAAGGUAUAGACCAAGAUCUUCAUACUCAAUGGUCAAAGUUUCGUACAGAAUUGAAUCAGGUCAAAGAAAUAGAAAUACCGCGCCGUGUAAUAUGCGACAACGCAAGGUCAAUAGAACUGCACGGGUUUUCGGACGCGUCGGAAAAGGCCUACGGUGCGUGCAUCUACCUGCGGUCGCUCGACGAGACCGGCAGGUACACGGUGCGAUUGCUUUGUGCCAAAUCUCGGGUAGCUCCAUUGAAGGCAACCACCCUUCCGCGGCUAGAAUUGUGCGGAGCCCUUUUGCUAGCUCAACUAGUUAAACGAGUCCGACACGCGCUACAAUUAAAAAUCGAUUGCGAACAUUAUUGGUCAGACUCCACAAUAGCCCUAGCCUGGAUCAGAGGUCAACCGAAUCGUUGGAAGACUUUCGUGGCGAACCGCGUGUCAGAAAUUCGCCAAUCGACAUCAAUAGACAACUGGCACCACGUGGCUUCGGUAGACAACCCUGCCGACAUGAUAUCACGAGGCACCGAUCCCACUACAUUAAGGUUUACACACCUUUGGUGGUCUGGCCCAUCGUGGCUCUUGCAUGAACAGCCCGAAUGGCCUUCAAUCGAGCCAACCCCACACACAAUGCCGGAAGAAGUUACACGCGUCCUUGGUCAUGUCGCAACAUCUAAUUGCCCGACGGACAUCCUUUGUCGAUUUUCGUCGUACUCAAAGCUUAUUCGAAUCGUAGACUACUGCAGGAAGUUCCUAGAUCGGCUGAAAUCCAAGACGAGUGAAAAAAAUCAAAUUACCGCCGUACAACCUAACAUCAUAAAUUCACCCCAAACAUUUUUAACGGCUCGCGAACUAGCUUUGUCCGAAGAAACAAUAGUUAAACUCGUACAGCAAGAGUGUUUCGGCAAGGAAAUCAGCGAUCUACGAGCAACCAAACCGCUGACACAAACUAGCAAGAUCAUAUCACUGAAUCCAUUUCUAGACGCAAAGGGUUUGCUCAGGGUGGGCGGGAGACUCGAAAACGCUCCCAUAAUUUACAAUCAGAAACACCCAUUGAUUCUACCCUCGGAUCACCCAGUAACAAAUUUAAUUGUAGCUUAUGAACACUGCCGAUUGCUCCACGCGGGGUGUCAGCUCACCAGCGCAUCAUUGCGCAACCGUUUUUGGAUAGUAGCUUGUAAGCGCGUAGUAAGGAAAACAAUACACAGAUGCAUUCGUUGCUUCCGAACGAAACCAACCGGCAUAAACCCGAUCAUGGGAAACUUGCCUGCAACUCGGGUGACUCCCGCUCGACCAUUCGCUACCUGCGGAGUCGAUUAUGCCGGUCCGUUGUUAAUAAAGGAACGCGGGCGUGCUCGCACCGCACACAAGGCCUAUCUUUGCAUUUUUGUAUGCUUCGUUACCAAGGCCGUUCAUAUAGAAUUAGCAACGGAAUUAAGCACCGACGCCUUCCUCAACUGUCUUAAUCGGUUUAUAGCUCGUAGGGGACGGAGUCACUGUAUUUAUUCAGACAACGGUCGAAACUUCAUUGGGGCACGGAAUAAUCUUAAUGAAUUAGGAGUAUUACUUAACAAUAAAGAACACCACGCCAAAAUAGGAAAGGCACUAGCACAAGAACAAAUACAGUGGCACCUGAUCCCACCGCAUGCGCCACACUUCGGGGGUCUAUGGGAGAGUGCUGUCAAAUCAGCAAAACAACACCUCAGACGGAUAAUAGGGGAACAGCGCCUCACGUACGAGGAGCUGUACACCAUACUAGCACAGAUCGAAGCAUGCUUAAAUUCCCGUCCUCUUCAUCCUCUCUCUUCAGAUCCCAAUGAUCUCACUCCUCUCACUCCUGGCCAUUUUCUAAUCGGAGAUGCAUUAACCGCCCUGCCGCAACAGGACCUACUGCCUCUCAAACAAAAUCGGCUAAACCGUUAUCAGCUAGUCCAACAGAUGCUGCAACACUUCUGGAAGCGUUGGCAGCAGGAGUAUCUGCACCAUCUCCAGCAACGGCAGAAAUGGAGGCUUAAUUCACCAACCAUAGUAAAGACAGGUGCUGUCGUGGUCGUACGGGAAGACAACAUCCCACCAUUACGCUGGCGUCUUGGGAGAAUUAUCGAGCUCCAACCAGGUACCGAUGGGAUAGUCCGGGUGGUGUCCAUCAAGGUGUCUGAUGGCAUCAUCAAGAGGCCGGUGACAAGAAUCUGCCUCUUGCCGCCGGCAGAGGAAGAAGACGCUGCGGAAACUACCCGCGGCCCCACCGUUAGCAUUUAA